AUGGCCUCGGCAUCAAUGGAUGCACUCGGGGCAUUCACCCACUUGAAAGACAACCUUCCCGCAUGGAUUAGUCGCGUUUCCGAUCUCGCCACACACACCCACAAGAAACACAACGAUUACACCGAAGCCUACAGACGCCACGCAAAUUUCAAGCCCCGCCGACGAAAGAACAGCUCCAUUGCUUCCGUUCACGCCGACGACCUUGUCCCGAUCGCACAACGCAAAAGCCCCAGUCCAGAUCCCACAACGGUGGAGACAGCGCACGCGUCCGAGCAAGGUCAACGCUCUGGUCGUAAGCGCAGCUCGGAUGAAGCCCCGUCAGUCGACUCACAUGAAGAAUACGCGUUUGUUAGCACACGACACAAUGUCAUUAUCGAUUAUGAUGGCCAUACACAGAAGUCGCUCGAGGAAAUUGUACGGGAUAUCGGAAUGGCAAGGAACAAUCUUCGACGUGCGAAAAUGGCAAUGAUGCCACGAACGGGAUUGCGCGCUGGUUUAUUGAAUAAGGGCAUAGGCGGUCAAGCAUCGCCACUCUCUGUCGUCCGAAGCACUCGCACCACAUCCGGAGUUGUCGGCGUCACAGGGACCAGCCCACUCCGCCAGGAUUCCCCUUCUGAUUUUGCCGACAAACAAUUAGAGCUUGCACAUGCGCUUUGCGAAACAGCAGCCUACCAGGUUCUCCGAUCAGGCGACUGUGGCACCGAACUGGACGGCGUAGAAGAGAAAUUUAAAAUGCUGCUCGAAGCCACUAUCAACGAGGUCGACCGUCUCAACGCAGAAAAGAAACAGCAGGAAGAGCACGAGCAACAGCAACAGAAUGGGACAGCGGACGACGGACCUCUCAAACCUCCCCCUACGCCGUCCGCGGCGCGACUCGCUAGAGUGGCUGCCAUUGCUAACAAGCCAACCACCACCAUUGCGGGCACCAUCGAAGUCGAUGACAACUCAUCUCUAUCGGCCGAGUCCAUCGACCUCUCUGCAUUCCGGUCCUCGCGGAUCCGAGUGUAA